GGCGGCGCCAAGACCUCCAAGGGUUCGAGCAAGAAAUGCGGCAAGCUCAAGGCCCCCGCGGCCCCGGCGGCUGGCGGCGCCAAGGCGGGCGCGGGCAAGGCGGCGCAGCCCGGGGACGGCGGCGGCGCGGGCGACGACUACGUGCUGGGCAGCCUGCGCGUGAGCGGCGCGGGGAAGACGGUCAAGUGCGUAUUCCUGGACGACGACGAGGACGAAGAGGACGACGAGGACGAGCUGCAGCUGCGGAUCAAGCAGGAGGCGGACGAGGACGACGACGAGCCGCCGCCGCACGCGCAGCUCCUGCAGCCGCCGGGCCAGCAGCCGCCGCCGCCGCCGCUGCUGAGACGCUACAGCGUCGCCAAAGUGCCCGCCAGCCCCACGCUGAGCAGCGCGGCCGAGUCCCCCGAGGGCGCGAGCCUGUACGACGAGGUGCGGGCCGGAGCGGCCUCGGGCGCGGGGGGCGGCAGCCGCCUCUACUACAGCUUCAAGAACAUCACCAAGCAGCACCCGCCGCCGCUGGCGCAGCCCGCGCUGUCGCCCGCAUCCGCGCGCUCCGUGUCCACCUCCUCCUCGUCCUCCUUGUCCAGCGGCGGCGGCGCCGGCGGCGGCAGCAGCAGCAGCAGCAGCAGCGGCGGCGAGGACGCCGACGACCUGAUGUUCGACCUGAGCUUGAAUUUCUCCCAAAGCGCGCACGGCGCCGGCGACCAGCAGCUGGGGGGCGGCGCGGCGGCCGGGAACCUGUCCCUGUCGCUGGUGGAUAAGGAUUUGGAUUCGUUCAGCGAGGGCAGCCUGGGCUCCCACUUCGAGUUCCCCGACUACUGCACGCCCGAGUUGAGCGAGAUGAUCGCGGGGGACUGGCUGGAGGCGAACUUCUCCGACCUGGUGUUCACGUAUUGAGAGGAGGGGUGGGGUGGGGGCGCCCCGUUCUCGCUCUUUUUUCUCUGGCGGGUGCAGAGCAGGGUUCCUUGGGAGGAAGUCGUGGUGGUCGUGAUGAUGCUGAUGAUGAUACAAGGUUUUGGUGUCGACGGUGAUGGCGGUAGGGUGGAGGGGCGAGAAGAAGAUGCUGAUGUUGAUACGAUGUCGUGACACAAAUUGGAAAGAUGCUGAAAAUUUUGGUGGAGUUAAAAGUGAAAUGAGUAGUUUUUGAAACAUUUUUCCUGUCCUUUUU